AUGAUUCUAUUCAAACGCUUAAGAACCUUAGUAUUUUUCUGUUUAGUAUUAUUAUUAAUAUUGUUAGUGUUCUGUUUUCGUUUAAUAAUUCAAAAACCAUUAAAAUUGACAACAAAUGAUGUUUAUGAAUAUAUCGAUGAUGUGAAAGAUAUAUCUAUUUUUGCUACUGAUAAUUAUCAUGGUCCAUAUAAUAUUUCUAAAACUAUUUCAUUUAAAAAUAUGAAGUCAUGGCUUGUUCUUUAUUGUAUAACACAUUUAUUUGAUUAUCGAUGGUUUGAAACGGGGGCAUACGAAUGGCAUUUACAACGGAUGUAUGCGUUAAAUAACAAUAAAAAAUUAACUACUGGAAUAAAAUCAAAAAUUUUUGUUAAUGAUAUUUUAACAUAUUUAAAUCAUCAUCUUGAACAAGGUGUGAUUAUUGAUAGUGCUCAACAUUUAUUUAAUCCAUUAUUUCACCCGAUGCCUCAAACAGGUUCAUCACUAGAUUAUACUUGUACGGAAAUGAAGUUAACCGACAGCUAUUUACCAUGUAAAACAAGAAGACCAGAAAUUGUUAGUUUAUCUAGUUUGACAACAACUUACACAUUAACAGCUGGAAUAUACGAUGCUUUUAUCGAUACAUGUGGUACAAUUUACACACAAAUAGCUCAAUUUCUAAAACGCGAUUGUUCUAAUUCAGUGAUAACAACGAAAACUAGUCAUUAUAAUGAACUUAUUAAUGUGAUUAAUGUCCAUAUGACAAAUCCUACUUGUUUUGUAGUACAAAUUUUACCAAAAAUCAUUCGACUACUUGCUGUAACACCCGAAAGUGCCUUACUAUUAUUACCAUCAAACGUUAAAAUUAUAGAAGAAUAUGUCAAUGUGUUAAUUGAGCGAGGUUUAAUUGAUAAAAAUCGAACACGAUUAAUUAACUAUGAAUCAAAUAAAAUUUAUCAUGCAAAUGUUGUUUACCAUUCUGAAAAUGCACCGUAUACUACUAUCUUAGAACAAUAUCGCUAUCAUCGAUCAGAUAUGCAACUAUUACAUCGAACAUUGUCGAAUGUUUUAGUUCAGAAAAGUCGAGAUUUAAUUAUUAUUAUUAAAAGUCAUACAAAAGUAGUAAGUAAUUAUAACAAUUUAAUACAAACAAUAAAUCAAGUAAUUUUACCUGGAAAUUUUGAUUAUUUAAAAAUACAAGAAUUUAUAGCGAAUGAAGGACAUAUUAAUGAACAUAUUAAACAAUUUCAACGAGCUCGUAUUGUUAUUGGAAUACAUGGUGAUGAGUUAGUCAAUAUUAUUUACUGUAAACCAGGCAUACAUGUAAUUGAAAUUGGUCAUGAACAAAUGUCAGAUGUAUAUUUUCAAAUAGCUACACAUUCUAAUCAUAAAUAUUGGUUAGCAAUAGGACAUAAAGAGACUGAGGAAAAAAUAUUUGUUGAUACUGCAGAUAUUAGAAACAUAUUGUUAAAAUUAUACAGUGAAAUUGACAAUAGAUAA